UCACCCUGGCGUUGCCAAAUUUCAGAUCGUAAAAAUACUUGUGGCGUUCUUUAACUCAUACAGUACCAACCAAUUGCCAGAUGUAGAUACACAAUUUCAUAUAUUAAUUUAACGCAAUUUUAUUAUAAAUAUGUGUGGGAUGGGCGAUAUAAGAGCUCAUUUUCGCUGUCGGAUGGCGACUUCAACCAGGUGGAAACCUAUCAAUCUGGCAACACAGCAGUUGGACACAUGGGUAGUUCAUAGACAGAAGUGAUAAACAGAUCCAUUUGGAUGACUCGCGUGAAGGUUAAAAACAAAUCGAUUCGUAAACACAUAGAUCCUUCCGAUUUUGCUUUAUAUGUGAAUUGAUUUAGCUUUUAUUUGAGUCAUAAUCAACCCUGUAAUAUCCAUUUUUAGAUCAGACGUAUGACGAAAACCGGCUUGAAAAUGUGUAACACGGAUAGUAAACUGGAUUUGCAUCGAUAAUGAGUGACUCACGAUGAGCAUCACUACAGUGCAAAGGCAAGUCUGGGCUCUUCUGACUCAAUCGUUCAAACAGCCAAUGGCUUUCAUAAGGUGGAUGAUAACAAAACUUAUAAAUCGAGUGUCGGUGAGAACGCUUCCAUCACGGGAGAUGGCUGGUGAGGCAAUAGUUGGCAACAAAAGAAGGAAGAUGGUUGUAGGACUGGGAAAUCCAGGAAUGAAUGGUUCUCGACACAGUGUUGGUAUGGCGGUCCUCACAAGAAUAGCUGAACAUCUGGGAACACCGGACAGCUGGAGAUCAGACCGACAGGUGUCAGGGGAGGUCAUUGUAACAGAACAUCAAGACGUCCAGUUGGUUCUGCUCCGGCCCAAGUUGCUUAUGAAUGUCAAUGGGGUUAGCGUGGCGAAGGCGGCAAGCAAAUUUUUAAUUCAACCUGAACAUAUUCUCUUGAUUCAUGAUGAGCUGGACAAGCCACUUGGGAAGUUUGGCAUUAAACAGGGUGGCAGCGCAAGGGGUCACAAUGGUGUGAGGUCAUGCGUGGAUUGUCUUCAUACUGAUGUGAUGCCACGGUUGCGCAUCGGUAUCGGGCGACCAUCUGGUCAAACUUCUGUUGACCGUCACGUUUUGGGACGUUUCUCGCAAGAGGAGCAGAAAGUACUGGAUUCUGUCGUGAAACAGAGUUUGGAUGUUUUGCUGAUGUACCUUACAGACUCGCAAUCCCAAAGUUCCCCAGCAGAGGGAAGCAGAGCAUCACGAAAGAGAAAAGAAAGGACACAUUCACCAGCUCAAGAUGACACAACAGUACAGAAUCAAAAAUGACGUCGAUAUACUGUAUGAUUUUUACAAUCCAUAAUAUUUAAAAUUGCUCUUUUUUUUAAGUAGUUGAAUUUUGUUAGGUUGCAAAUCGUUGUAUAUGUGAGAGACAUAAGGUUAUUAUAUAAAAAAAUUCGAUUUACUAAAAUCGAAUAAAAUAUUGUUAAAUAAAAUAUAUAAUAAAUAAAUUUAAGAUGAGGCAUUUAUUUGAUUUAAACAUGAUCAGCAUGGAUUUCACUUUAAUCUUGUGUUAUUUUCAGUAUUGUGGGGCUUUGUUUGGUUAAAGCAAAUUGUAUUUUUUGCCAUGAAUUUAAAACGUGUGAUUAUAAUUAUUCAGAUGUUUCCAAACACAGAUGUAAUCUUCAGGGUUCUCUGCUAAAGUUUGAAAUGUCUGCUAAAAGAUAAAGCUACCUCCCCUAUUCAGAAGAAAUUCAAUAUUCAAACCUAUCUUAGUUACUUAAAUAUGCUUUUGCAGGUUCAAAAUCUCAUUUGAACAUAGAAAUGUUUACGAUUCUUUUAAGGUCUCUAAUAAAUUAAUUCAUGAUGUUAAGUUUCAUGCUUCUAUUAAAGAACACAAAACCUGGAGUCUGUGCCAACUCGAGUGCAUGAGGACAUUAUAACACAGAAUGAAGACACCAAAUACAAGGAAAUGUAUUUGCAUUUCAACCAAAAGAUGUGGAUCAAAUUUGGAUUAGAUUUCAAGUUUGCACAUUUUUCAGUAAAAUCUGAAAUUUACAACAUAGCUUAAUGAAAUAUGAAAACUUUCCAUUUAAUAAAAAUCUUUACGCACAUCAUAUUACACUCAAGCCUAUGAUCUUCCCUUAUUGAGAAAACUGACACUGGGAACAUAUUUCUUGUUUGAACUGGAGAGGCUUUUUUAUGAGCUUUUUAAGUUUAGUAAUGAAUGUAUUGGAGGCAUGAAGUGCCUGGGUUAAUAUGUUUUGGAUAUUAGCAUGAGCAAUUGAUGUCUUGAGGGUAUUGAUUAAAGUAUCAUUUGUAUCCUUAAAAAAAAAUGAAAAUAUGAUAAAUCAGAAUGCAAAUAGAAACAUUUCACUAAAGGUCUCAGACAUGUAUAGUUGUAUAAAACUGUUAUCAUAUAUAGCCUGUUAAUAAAUG